AUGGAGUCCUUCAUGAGAAACCUCACGAAACAAGUUACUUGCUCAAUUUGUCUCGAGACCUUCAAAGAACCGAAAAUUAUAUCGUGUUUUCACACGUUCUGCUGUGAGUGUUUGGAAAAACACGCAAGAGUGAGCCGAAGCCAUGGAAAAUUCCAAUGCCCCGAGUGUCAGGCAGAACUCCUCUUACCAGAAGGAAAUCGCUUCGAAGCGUUGCCAACCAGUUUUUUUCACAACAGUUUGUUGAAUAUCCUUGCCGUUCGACAAAGUGGCGAUGGAACAAACAUCACUUGUGGCAACUGUAAGAGGACCAGCUCCAAUGUCCAUUACUGCUUCGACUGUGCUCGAUUUAUGUGCUCCGAAUGUCUGAACGCACACGAAAUUAUGCGCGACGCAUUCGAAGGACACAAAGUCAUGUCUGUUACAGACUUCCAAGAUCAAGAUUACGAGGCUUUGUUAAAGCGACAGCCCUUUUGCACCAUGAAGUACCACGAGAGAGAGAUGACGAGAUUUUACUGCCUUCAGUGUCAAUGUUGUGUCUGCCAUCUUUGCAUUGUGACGGAUCAUAAAAGCCAUGAAGUUAUUUUGCUCGACGAAGCGGCGGACAACGAGAAGGGAAACAUCAUGGCGGAUGCCGUAAUGAGCCGAACAAGGGAAAACGAUUUAAAGGCAACGAUUCGACAGUUUCACCACACAGCUUCCGAGCUGCGAGACAAUGCCCAACUCGCUAAACGAGGAGUCUCGCAAGCAGCAGAGCAGAAGAUCGCAGAGAUUCGAGAGCGCGAGCGACAAGCCAUUGAAUUAAUCGAGACAACGUGCGUGACGAGACUCCAAAGAAUCAACUCGGCUCAGGAGGCUGUUGAAUCUCUGAUGAAACAAAACGACAAAGUCGCCGACUUUGCCGAAAACUUGGUACAGAAAAGCUCAAGCUGGGACAUCAUGCAAAACAGGCACAAUUUGAAACAGAGAUUUGAGGAGCUUCGAGGAAUCCAAGCUGCACAAUACCAUCAGAACUCGUUCAUCAAGUUUUACCCCGCUCCUGCUGUGGGCUUCAACUUGGGCGACAUCGCCACCGAAGACAUAGCAGAUGCAAGUCGGUCCACUCUGGAGGGACUGGAUCAAACUCUUCAGGCUGGUUUAGAAGCAAAGUUCAUUUUAUGCCCCAAAACACCUGAUGGAGAAAUAAGUAACCAGCCUGAUCUCAAACAGCAAACUGAAGUUCUCAUACAACCAGACAAAGAUGUCACACAAAUCACUGUGUAUAACGCAGAAGACGGUAGAUUCGAGGUCAAAUUUAUACCCAAAGUACCCGGUGCUUACAGCAUUGAAGUGAAGAUUAAUGGAGAUACACUCGCCAACUCUCCGUUCACUCUGGCGGUGAACGAGCGUGAACUUACUGUGGUCGGUGAGUUGGAUCUGAAUUUAUUAGAAGGAGAACGGGUCGACAAUCUAUUUGGAAUCGCAGUAAAUACGAAAGGGAAUAUUGCCGUAACUGACUAUAUUAAAGACUGUAUUUACAUAUUCGAUAAAAAUGGUAAAUGUCUGAGAAAAAUUGAGGUUAAAGGACAAGUUAAUGGCCUACAUGGCGUGACAUAUUUGAACGAUGACGAGAUUUUGAUUGCAGACACAAAUAACGGCAGAAUACAACAAAUUAAUAUCCAAACGGGAACUGUUGUGAAAACUUUAGGAAAAGUAGGUGCAGGAAUUGGAGAGUUUUCUUUCCCAACUGGUGUUUGUUUGGAUGAAGAACGUCACAUUGUCGUAGCCGACUGUGAUAAUAGAAGGAUACAGGUGAUGUCACGUGAGGGAGAGACUAUUUCCAUGUUUGGAAACAUCGGCUCAGAAAAAUUAAAACUACCAUGCUGCUGCUUGCCUUACAAAAACAAGUUUUUCAUAUCCGAUUGGGAUGAUUAUUGCAUUAAGGCUUUUGACAAGUCAGGAACAUUCUUACACAAGUUUGGCAAGAAGGGCAAUCAGGAAGGACAAUUUGACUUCCCCAUUAGUUUGCUAAUAGACAGCUCCAAUAAUCUCUUGGUGUGUGAUCUGUUAAAUAAUCGAGUUCAGCAGUUUUCUCUGGACGGUCGCUUCACUGGUAAAAGUAUCACUCAUUUACCUGAACCUCGUGGAAUAGCAGCAACACCAGAUGGACGUAUUCUCGUGACUACCCCUGAAAAAGUUUUCAUAUUAAAGUAGCUGUUUCAAUAGACACUUAUUUACUUCGCAGUUUGUAUUCUACUUCUAAUGACCCAAACUGUUUCUUUCCUAAUGUGCUAUACUGAUUAGAGACUGGAGUUUGUAAGUUUAUUCUUCUUCUCGAAGAAGCUUCAUCAAAUGAAACUGAACUAAUUAGCUUAGAGAUUUCAAAUAAUAUAUGUUAGAGGCAUUUAUGCAUAUUCGUAAUAAUAUAGCACAUUUAAAUAUUAUAGGAUUCUGAUUGUUAAAGAAUAUUUUGCACUGAGGAAGUCGCAUUAAAUACAUUAUUACCAUUCGAUAACUUAGCAGUAACUGCAUAUAUAUUGCUUUCUUCUACUAAAAGGCGAUACGUGCCAGGUGCUGAAAUAGACGAGUACUAUGUGACAUCCAGCUCUUUUUAGGCCUCGCUCCCGAAAAAAAAAUCCAAAAAAGACGCUUUUUGGGGUUGCGUGACUUUAUUAGGUUAAAGAAAAACUUUUUGAAAAUUCUCAUUGUCUUAUUAUUCCUUGAAGAUGCUCAUAAGACUGUUAUUAAUUGUUCUUCCCAUUGCCAUAACCCUGGAAACAAUAUUUUUAAAGUACAGCAAAUAGUAGCAAUAGAAAUUCCAUCGGCCAUCUAAUGACCACGGAAUGCAUCAUUCUCAAAUGUUUAAACAUUGAGCCUUUACACCCUAACAUCAGUCUACAUAUUCUCCUUACUGUUCUUUAUACAUUUCCUAAGGUGCUGACAAGGAGAAUAUGUUUAAUAAUCAAAAGCUUCCCUAGUUGGUGAUCAUUUCUUGUAUUCUCGUGACCUUAAUGUGUAAAUCAGGAGUAAUAUUGUAAGGAGAAAUCAGAUGCUGGUCACUCUUAGGAGUCAAAGGGUUAAUUAGGGAUUGAUCAUCUUUGCAUCGUGACGGAUCGUAAAAACCAUGACGUUAAUUUGCUCGACGAAGCAGCGGACAACGAGAAAGUAAACAUCGUAGCGGAUGCUGUAAUGAGCCGAAGAAGGGAAAACGAUUUCAAGGAAACGAUUCGACAGUUUCACCACACAGUUUCCGAGCUGCGAAACAAUGCCCAACUCGCUAAACGCGAAGUUUCGCAAGCAGCAGAGCAGAAGAUCGCAGAGAUUCGAGAGCGCGAGAGACAAGCCACUGAAUCAAUCGAGAAAACGUGCGUGACGAGACUCCAAAAAAUCAACUCGGCUCGGGAGGCUGUAGAAUCUUUGAUGAAGCAAAACGACAAAGUCGCCGACUUUGCCGAAAACCUUGGACAGAAAGCUCGAGCUGGGACAUCAUGCAAAACAAGUACAAUUUGAAACAGAGAUUUGAGGAGCUUCGAGGAAUCCAAGCUGCACAACACCAUGAGACCUCGUUCAUCAAGUUUUACCCCACUCCUACCGUGGGCUUCAACUUGGGCGACAUCGCCACCGAAGACAUAGCAGACGCAAGUUGGUCCACUCUAGAUGGACUGGAUCAAACUCUUCAGGCUGGUUCAGAAGUAAAGUUCAUUUUAUCCCCAAAAACACCUGAUGGAUAAAAUAAGUAGCCAGCCUGAUCUCAAACAGCAAAUUGAAGUUCUCAUACAACCAGAGAAAGAUGUCAUACAAGUCACUGUUUGCAACACAGACAACGGGAGAUUCGAGGUGAAAUUUAUACCCAAAGUACCCGGUGCUUACAGCAUUGAAAUGAAGAUUAAUGGAGAUACACUCGCCAACUCUCCGUUCACUGCGGCGGUGAAAGAGCGUGAACUUACUGUGGUCGGUAAGUUGGAUCUGAAGUUGUUAGAAGGAGAACGCGUCGACGAUCUUUUUGGAAUCGCGGUAAAUACGAAAGGCAAUAUUGCUGUAACUGACAAUGGUAAAAACUGUGUUUACAUAUUUGAUAAAAAUGGUAAAUGUCUGAGAAAAAUUGGAGCUAAAGGGGAAUUUGCAGCCCCAUCUGGCCUGACAUAUUUGAACGAUGACGAGAUUUUGAUUGCAGACAGAAAUAACAACAGAAUACAACAAAUUAAUAUCCAGACAGGAACUAUUGUGAAAACUUUAGGGAAAAAAGGGGUAGGAAUAGGAGAGUUUAAUCACCCAAUUGAUGUUUGUUUGGAUGAAGAACGUCGCAUUGUUGUAACCGAGACUUCGAGUAAUAGGAUACAGGUGAUGUCACGUGAGGGAGAGACUAUUUCCAUCUUUGAAAACAUCGGCCGAGAAAAAUUUGGAAUACCGUGGAGCUGCCUGCCUUACAAAAAAACAAGUUUUUGUCUCCGAUAGCGAAGAUCGUUGCAUUAAGGCUUUCGACAAGUCAGGAACAUUCUUACACAAGUUUGGCAAACUAGGGAAUUAAGAUGGACAAUUUAACAACCCGAAAUGUUUGCUUAUAGACAGCUUCAAUAAUCUUCUGGUUUGUGAUAAGUUCAAUAAUCGAGUUCAGCAGUUUUCUCUGGACGGUCGCUUCACCGGUAAAAGUAUCACUUAUUUACCUUAUCCUCGUGGAAUAGCAGCAACACCAGAUGGACGUAUUCUCGUGACUACCACUAAAAAGAUUUUCAUAUUAAAGUAGCUGUUUCAAUAGACACUUAUUUGCUUCGCAGGUUGUAUUCUACUUCUAAUGACCCGAACUGUUUCUUUCCUAAUGUGCAAUAAUCGGAGACUAGAAUUUGUAAGUUUAUUCUUCUUCUCGAAGAAGCUUUGUCAAAUACAACUGAACUAAUUAGCUUUGAGAUUUUAAAUUUGGUUUGCUGGUGGCGUUUAUGCAUAUUCGUAAUAAUGUAGCACAUGUAAAUAUUAAAGGAUUCUGAUUGUCAAAGAAUAUUUUGCAUUUAAUACGUCGCGUUAAAUACAUUAUUUUCUUUCGAUAGCUUAGCAGUAAUUGCAUACAUAUUUCUUUCUGCUAUUAGAAAAGGCGUACGUAUCAGGUGCUGAAAUAGACGAGUACUAUGUGACAUCCAGCUCUUGUUAGGCCUCGCUCCCGGAAAAAGAAACCAACAAAAAACUAAACCCUUUUUGACUUUGCAAGGUUGAAGGAUAACUUUUUGAAAGUUCUAAUUGUCUCAUUACUUCAAGGUGCCUGUAAGACUGUUCUUAAUUGUUCUUCCCAUUGUUGCAUUGAAAAAGAGGAAAUGGAAAGAGGAUGUUUUUUAGACAUCAAAAUCUGCCUUUAUUUUGCAGAUGGUCAUCAGUGAAAAUAAAUGCUAAUGGAUUAAAACACAUUCAACAAACAAAGAAGCCUUGACUGUGCUUCGUUCUGUAGUAAAGCAAGUAGGAAGCGGCUAGAGCAAAUAAGAAUUGUAGAGAGAAACACGAGACGUAGGGGAGCAAUUGAGUGAAUAAUCUGAUUGAUUGUAUGAGACCACUGGUCUUAUUCAACCAAACAGAUUAUUCUCUCAAUUGAAAGCUUUCUAAACUGUCAAAACUUUUACAAUCUGUAGGUUGGAUUCAACACUAUGACUUCUGCUUGAAGCUUUUUUUUUUCUUAAUAAAGAAUCUGAAAGUGAAACGUUCAUGAAAUCCGGCUUCCUGGAAUUCUCUGGCCGCAGGAGAAAGUAUCCAAGAGAAGUCUCGAGGUGGAUUUAUACGUUUUAAUAAACAAGGUUAAGAGUGCUGACAACACUUCGGUUUACGAAAAUUAUAAGAGGUGUGUUUCCGGACACGUUGUUAUACUUCUGUAGUCGAAGCUCAGAUUACACGAUUGCGUAAUGUGAGUCCCAGUCCCCGACACCGGCUGAAUUGUGGCUCAUGUAAACACGCAAGUUUUUUAGCAUGACAAUGAUAAAAGAAACCACUCACGGCGUGUGUUUUUAUGAAUGAACGACAACAUGAAGAUUUCUCGGGGUGAGAGCGCCGUAAAACUCGGCUGCCGUGACUGAUGUGACCUUCCACUCAACUAAUUGGAAAGGUCGUUUUGUUUUCCUACUUGUCGACGGCAAUAUCUAAAAAGUGAAUGCUUACUGAUAGCUCCAGUGAAUAAACUGUCUUAGAUAUAUGACACUCUCCAGACGAUACCCGAUCAACUUCGAUUUCAACUCAGUCAAAUUAGCUUCCGUUUUAAUGGUCAGGGCCCAGUUGUAUGAAGGGCUGAUAACACUAUCCAACGAAUAAAUCGCUAUGCAGCGGAUAAGCGAUAGCAAAACGUAUAGCGUUAUCCACCGGAUAGAGAUUUAUCCAGUGGACAGUGUUAUUCGACCUUCGAACAACCGGGGCUUAGAGGUUAUCGCUGACAUCGAUGUCUCUUUUCAACAUCCUGCGCAACAAUUAAUUGAAGGAGUAUCUGCCAUCCGCUUAUCAAAACUUCCUCACCUUAUUUAGAUAUCGACGUCUAUGGGGCACCAAAAACUGUCUCAUCUCUAUACACGUUUACACGUGGGUGUUCUGGAAAACGCACAGGCCACGAACGAAAAACUUCUGAAGCUUUUCAUAUCAGGCGGCAAUCGGUUUGCCAUAGGGAAAAUCCCUCAGGAGUAACGCAUCGUCGUUCCCGGCUCGUUUCCCCUUCUCGUCAUGUUAGUGUGAGAAAUGGCGAGACCCUGGGAACCAUGUUGGGGGCUGUAGUAUAGAAGUUAAAUAAAAGCGUUGCUGGUCAAUCAUUUGACGAACUAUCCCCACAAGAAGCUCGCCAGUAAGUCCACUGUUAACAAUAUUUUGCAUAAAAAAAAAUCCUUACACCGUCAUAACCCUGGAAACAAGGAACGGCACACAGUACUAGUAGAGCCCCAUCGGCCAUACAAUGACCACGGAAUACAUCAUUAUCAGUUGUCUAAACAUUAACCCGGCUUUACAUCCUAACAUCAGUCUACAUAUUCUACUUACUGUUCUUUAUACAUUUCCUAAGGUGCUGACAAGGAGAAUAUGUUUAAUAAUCAAACGCUUCCCUAGUUGGUGAUCAUUUCUUGUAUUCUCGUGUCCGUAAUGUUUAAAUCAGGGGUGAUAUUAUAAGGAGAAAUUAGAUGUUAGUCACUCUUAAAGGUCAAUGAAUUAAUGAGGAACAGCUCCACACUUCAAUUUACGACUUAAAAACGUAAGCGAGAAUUCGAAGUCAGUAAUGCGUGAAAACAUGCAAACAAACAAAACAAAAAGAAAUCUUAUCGGUCAUGAUCUUCUACAACAAAAGCGUAACUGCGUGAUGAUAGCCCAGUUUCUAAAUAUAUUUAGCUUCAGUUCAUAAGGUCACUCAACUACAUCCUGUUUUUCUCGAAAUUUCAAAUAAUAGCUUUUUCAGGCUGUGUUUACCAGCAAUCUUGUUGAACGCUGACAAUGGAGUCCUUCUUGAGAAAUCUCACUAAACAGGUUACUUGCUCAGUUUGUCUCGAGACCUACAAAGAGCCGAAAAUUAUAUCGUGUUUUCACACGUUCUGCUGUGAUUGUUUAGAAAAACACGCAAGAGUGAGCCAAAGGCAUGGAAAAUUCCGAUGCCCCGAGUGUCAGGCAGAAAUCCACUUGCCAGAAAGAAAUCGCUUCGAAGCGUUGCCAACCAGUUUCUUUCACAACAGUUUGUUGAAUAUACUUGCCGUUCGGCAAAGUGGCGAUGGAACAAACGUCACUUGUGGCAACUGUAAGAAGACCAGCUCCAAUGUCCAUUACUGCUUUGAUUGUGCCCGAUUCAUGUGUUCCGACUGUCUUAACGCACAUGAAAUUAUGCGCGACUCCUUUGAGGGACACAAAGUCAUGCCUGUUAAAGACUUCCAAGAUCAAGAUUACGAGGCUUUGUUAAAGCGACAGCCCUUUUGCACCAAGAAGUACCACGAGCGAGAGAUGACGAGAUUUUACUGCCUCCAGUGUCAGUGUUGUGUUUGCCAUCUUUGCAUCGUCACGGAUCAUCAAAGUCACAAAGUUCAAUUGCUCGACGAAGCGGCUGACAACGAGAAAGGAAACAUCAUGGCGGAUGCCGCAGAGAGCCGAACAAGGGAAAAAGAUUUAAAGGAAACGCUUCAACAAUUCCAAAACACAGCAAACAGCCUGCAAGAAAAUGCCCGUGUCGCUAAACGAGGAGUCUCUCAAGCAGCCGAAAAGAUGAUCGCAGAUAUUCGAGAGCGCGAGCGGAAAGCCAUUGAAUCAAUCGACACAACGUGCGUGACGAGACUCCAAAAAAUCAACUCGGCUCGACAGGCAGUAGAAUCUCUGAUGAAGCAAAACAACAAAGUCGCCGACUUUGCCGAAAACUUGGUACAGAAAAGCUCGAGCUGGGAUAUCAUGCAAAACAAGCACAAUUUGAAACAGAGAUUUGAGGAGCUUCGAGGAAUCCAAGCUGCACAACACCAUCAGACCUCGUUCAUCAAGUUUUACCCCACUCCCGCCGUGGGCUUCAACUUGGGCGACAUCGCCACCGAAGACAUAGCAGACGCAAGUCGGUCCACUCUAGAGGGACUGGAUCAAACUUUUCAGGCUGGUUUUGAAGCAAAGUUCAUUUUAUCCCCCAAAACACCUGAUGGCGAAAUAAGUAACCAGCCUGAUCUCAAACAGCAAAUUGAAGUUCUCAUACAACCAGACAAAGAUGUCACACAAGUCACUGUUUGCAACACAGAAAACGGGAGAUUAGAGGUGAAAUUUAUACCCAAAGUACCCGGUGCUUACAGCAUUGAAAUGAAGAUUAAUGGAGAUACACUCGCCAACUCUCCGUUCACUGUGGCGGUGAAGGAGCGUGAACUUAUUGUGGUCGGUGAGUUGGAUCUGACUUUAUUAGAAGGAGAACGGGUCGACGAUUUAUUUGGAAUCGCGGUAAAUACGAUAGGGAAUAUUGCCGUAAUUGACAUUGGUAAAAACUGUGCUUACAUAUUCGAUAAAAAUGGUCAAUGUCUGAGAAAAAUUGGUCUUGAGCAAUUUCGAGACCCACUUGGCGUGACAUAUUUGAACGAUGACGAGAUUUUGAUUGCAGACGCUGGUAACGGUAGAAUACAACAAAUUAAUAUCCAAACAGGAACUGUCGUGAAAACUUUAGGAAGAGCAGGUGUAGGAAAAAAGUUUUCAUAUUCCUUGUGA